AUGUGCUUCAGUUUGCUCCUUAUUGGAGUAUGAUUGGGAACGUUCUGGAAUCUUCUGGAAAAAAAACUGGCGGAAUUUACAUGGAAAUCCUUUUUUAUGUGUUUUAUGAUCUCUAGAAAAUCUAAAAAUUGAAAAAUAAUUUUUUUUGGUUCACAAGAGUUUAUCUUGGUCGCUGAAGCCUUAUCAUAGCCACUCGCGCUGCCCCGGAAUCGAACCAACCCCCAAAAGGACAUCGAGCGGACGCUCUAUCCACUCGACUAACCGAACCACUGGGUGCUCCUCUUCUUUUCCGAGGGAAGAGAAAGAGGAAAUUUUUUCGGAAGUUUCGGUCGGUUUUUCUCGUCGGCGGUGCUUAUUUUGCAGCUGGAAAUUGCCUUUUUCUACCAAAGUCGACCUGCUCUAUCCACCUGUACUAGUCAUUUUCCUUAACGCUGGGGGAAGUUCAGACCAUUCCCUUGUUAGUAAGAACAGUUCUGGAAGCCAAGGCCCGGGCCGGCCUGGGCCUAAAAACCGAAGCCCGGGGUCGGACCGAGAAAUUAGUCGGCCCGGCCCGGCCCGGAGCCAUGCCUAAUCUAUCCUACAAAAGCUUCGAGUUGGCGAAUCAUCCUCCUCCGACGAUUCCACCCGUAACCACUGAAGACUUGAAAAAAGCGUAUGAUUUGAAGUGUUCCAAUCGACCACUAUGUUCCUGCUCCAACGGCAAUGUUGUCAUCAUCGCAAGUGACAAACUAGUGACCACCAGUAAACAAGACAUGCUCAACAUGCACUUGAAACUGGAGAAGGGUGAAUUUUACGACCUGGAGUCCUAUCGAACGCUGAAGGAAGUAUUCUACAAGCUCAGCGGAGAAGAUGGUUUUUACAGUUGUUCCUGCCCUCAUGGUAAAAAGAGCGUUAAUCAGUGA